UUCUUCUGAUCCUUUUACAUGGAAAAGGUUAACAAACUUUCCUUGCUUUGUUACUCUGGAUUAAAGGUAUUUUAGUCAUCUAAAGAAAUGGGUCUGGUUUCAGAAGAUGCAAUGCACUAGAUCUGGUGCUUGGAACAGCAGUAGUCAUGGCAUCAGAACUAUGUAAAACAAUCUCUGAGGCAAAGUUGGAAAGGCACAAGAACUUGUUCUUAAAUUACCGAAAUCUCCAUCACUUUCCUUUGGAGUUACUGAAAGAUGAGGGGCUGCAGUACCUGGAGAGACUUUAUAUGAAAAGAAAUUCCCUGACCACGCUGCCAGAAAACCUUGCACAGAAGCUUCCAAACCUCGUGGAAUUGUACCUCCAUUCAAAUAACAUAGUUGUUGUACCUGAAGCCAUUGGCUCCCUCGUUAAACUGCAGUUUCUGGACCUAAGUGAUAAUGCUCUCGAAAUUGUGUGUCCAGAGAUUGGCCGCUUGAGAUCUUUACGUCAUCUUCGCUUGGCUAACAACCAGCUGAAAUAUUUACCUGCAGAAGUUGGUGACCUGAGGGAGCUGCAGACACUGGACAUUUCAACCAACCGUUUGAUAACGUUACCUGAAAGGCUGCACAUGUGCCUUUCGCUGCAGUACUUGACUGCAGACCGAAACCACCUGUGGUAUGUGCCCCGCCACCUGUGCCAACUACCAAGCCUCAAUGAGCUCUCCAUGGCUGGAAACCGCCUUGCAUUUUUGCCACUUGAUUUAGGUCGUUCUCGGGAGCUGCAGUAUGUCUACGUGGAUAACAACAUUCAUCUGAAAGGUCUCCCAUCUUAUCUGUAUAAUAAAGUCAUCGGUUGCAGUGGUUGUGGUUCUCCAAUUCAAGUUUCAGAGGUGAAACUACUCUCUUUUUCAUCGGGCCAGUUAACUGUGUUCCUGCCUGCAGAGGUGAAAUCUAUAGGAACAGAAACAGAUCAUGUGCUGCCUUUGCAAGAGUUGGCCAUGAGGACCCUCUAUAACACCUACUACAGGUUUUUAAAAGAUUUGAACUUUCUGACUCCAAUCUCACUACCCAAAAGCCUCUUGGAAUUGCUGCACUGUCCUUUGGGACACUGCCACCGCUGCAGCCAGCCUAUGUUUACCAUUGUCUACCCAAAGCUCUUUCCCUUGAGGGAAACUCCAAUGGCAGGAUUGCAUCAAGGGAGGACAACUGUUAGUUUUGUGGCAUACUGCUGCUCCACCCAGUGUCUGCAGACUUUUGACCUGCUGAGUUGAUAAGCUCAGGAGCGCUGCCAGUUUAAGCUGCAUUAGCCAUUGUAUCCCAUUGGUACUGGAAUCCUGUGCAUGCGCCUGUGCCAAAGCAGAAGUGCCCGGUUGGGAACACUAAGAGGCACUUAAAUCCUGUCCUAUCAAAUUUGGAUGAACUCCACAAACUUUUUGGAAUUGUAAAUACCAAGCUUUUAAACGUAUUAACUUCUUUCUCCUCCAGGACAGCAUGCAAACCAAACAAAUUCACAAGCUCUGACUUUAGGAUUUCCAGUGUUUUUCGACUGUGGCUCUCUUCAGGUUGAACCAUUGCAUCAUUUGAGGCCAUUUUUAUUCCUCUAAUGGAGCAGGGGGGGGAAGGUUCAAUUAUGACAAAAAAGUUUUCACUACUCCCUCCCCAUCCUCUUCACCCCUACAGCUGGAUUUAGGUGUAUAGAUCAAAGCCUACAGGAAGUUUUGAUGGAUCCAAGUGACUUUUGCAUAGAUUUUAUCUUUAUUUUCUCCCUCCCAUCUUAAUAAUUUCCCCAGUAGAGUUACUGCAGUUGUAUACCAAGUCUUCCACACUUAACUGUGGUAUUUAAAUCCACCUCUUACAGGCAGAUCUUUCCUUCUGGUAUCAUUAGAAACCACACUGAUUUAACUGGAGUAACUAGAAUAUGUCUGGAGACUAAAGGCCCUGUUUCGGUGAAGAAGGCUGGUGUCUGCCCUGAGUGGUCUUGCUUCCAGCAUGUUUGAGGGUGUGUUUCCUUUAUUUUCACCACUCGAGUUCUUUAUUUUUGAAAGCACUUCCCCUUUUGCUUCUUUGGGUUUUGCAGGAAGAAGAUGACUUAAAGUAUCAAUUUCACUUGGAAAAAACAAUCUAGUAUUAUAAUAGCAAAUAUUUAUCUGUAUUUAUUUUUGCAGUUGCAGACUGUAGAUAUGUGAAGAGUCGGUCUUCAUCUUUUUCUAGAUUCAGCAUUUAGCUGGUGUUUGGAAGUGUGUGCGUGGAGUGUGAAGUGUGUGCCUUGAGGAAGGCUGGAAAUCCAGGGAGAGGUAGAGGUAUGUGUAUAACAUGUACAUAUGCACACCUAGGUAUCUUCACAGAAGGGCUGCAACACUUGUUUUCCUGUAUUAACAGCAGAUUUAAUGUAAAUUCCCACUCGCUGUCCUAUUUGUGGAAAUUCAUUUUUUCUUAGCUCUUGUUCAUCUUAAACAAAGGACAAAGGAUGGGGGGAAAAAAGGCCCAAAAUUGCCUGCAGUACUUAAAAUUCUAAUUUUAUAUUGAAACAGUUUACACAA